AUGAAUCUCAGAUGUCGAUUCAAUCUGACUCUGGAAAUCCCAUACAUGGUUGCCCAUUGGCACGACACUCACUUCGCCUUUUCUCCUCAAUUUCACCUUCCCUCUCCCUAUGGUCGAGUCUCACAAGCCCGGAGAAGCGAGAUCUACUGUGGUAGGAUUUGGGGCAAGCAGCCCCUGAAAAUAGGCCAGAAAGACAUUGAGACUUCUACUGAUAGCGAGCGUCAACGGCGAAGGUCGGAAAUGGUACCUCGACGAAGGAUGUUUUCAAGACAAGACUUGGAGUUAUGGUUAACUUACUUGGAGUUCGCCUUGGGGGAAACCUCUCCGAGCGAAACGAAAGACCCUUGCGGGGAACACUCGAGAGAGGAAGCAGACAUUCUUAUGGAAACUGGUAGAAAAAUUGGUACGAUUUACAUUUACGAAUCACAAGGGACAUUUUUAUACCCGGAGGAACAUUAUGAAACUGCGCAAAGAGUGAAGCAAACCUUACAACGUUAUAAAGAGCUUCAGGACAUUAUAGCUAUCCUUGGGUUGGUAGCAUAA